GCGACUGCGGUUCUUCAUUGGGCAGCAGGAGCGGCGCGGCCGUCGGAGAAGCAGCGUAAAACUUCGGCACUGGGUGAAAGAAAAUGGCCCGAACCAAGCAGACUGUUCCUAAGUCCACGGGUGGCAAAGCGCCCCGCAAACAGCUGGCCACUAAAGCGCCCAGGAAAAGCGCCCCCUCUACCGGCGGGAUGAGAAAACCUCAUCGCUACAGGCCCGGGACCGUUGCGCUUCGAGAAAUACGUCGUUACCAGAAAUCCACCGAGCUUCUGAUCCGGAAGCUGCCUUUCCAGAGGUUGGUGAGGGAGAUCGCCCAGGAUUUCAAAACCGACUUCAAGUUCCAGAGUGCUGCCAUUGGUGCGCUUCAGGAGGCUAGUGAAGCGUACCUGGUGGGUUUAUUUGAAGAUACUAAUCUGUGUGCCAUCCACGCUAAGAGAGUCACCAUCACGCCCAAAGACAUCCAGUCGGCUCGCCGGAUACGGGGAGAGAGAGCUUAAGUGAAGGCAGUUUUUAUGGUGUUUUGUAGUAAAUUCUGUAAAAUACUUUGGUUUACUUUGUGACUUCUUCUGUAAGAAACUGUUUGUAAUAUGCUGCAUUUGUACUUAAGUCAUUCCAUCUUUCACUCAGGAUGAAUGCGAAAAGUGACUGACUGUUCACAGACCUCAGUGAUGUGAGCACUGUUGCUCAGGAGUGACAAGUUGCUAAUGUGCAGAAGGGAUGGGUGAUACUUCUUGCUUCUCAUGAUGCAUGUUUCUGUAUGUUAAUGACUUGUUGGGUAGCUAUUAAGGUACUAGAAUUGAUAAAUGUGUACAGGGUCCUUCUGCAAUAAAACUGGUUAUGACUUGAUCCAAGUGUUUAACAAUUGGGGCUGUUAAGUCUGACCAUACAUCACUGUGAUAGAAUGUGGGCUUUUUCAAGGGUGAAGAUACAAGUCUUAACCACAGUGUAACUUACAGUUUCCUUAUUUAAAAAAAAAAAGUAAACCUGGCAGCUAUAGAAUACACUAUGUGCAUUUAUAAUUGCUAUUUUAUAUAUUGCAGUGUCAACAUUUUUAAAUUAAAUGUUUUACAUUCAAAAAAAAAAAA